AUGCAGAGAUCUCUGGAUCCCCUGGCCGACUUUUAUGAGAGAACCCAACGUUCAGGGGAGACAGCCUGUUCUUUUGCCAUUGCUUUAGAGGCCACGCUCAGAGAAGUGGAAGACACCCAAAACAGGGGCCGACCAUUCCCAGAUCGUGAUGCAAAACUGGUGCGACAGUUCAUGAGGGGGUUGAUUGAAGAGGAUGUUUUUUUGAGGAUUGCUCCCAUGAAGCCGAGAAUGCUAUGCUUUCGGGAGCUACAGAACGAGCUCAGGAAUAUAGCCAGAGAAGCCAAGAAGUUCAACCAGCCGAGGCAGAAGAAGACUUUCAGCCAGGUCCAGACUGUCACAAAUAGGCAAGAUUUUGAGGGACACCUGCAACGCCUGCAGUUGGUGUUUGACAGACUGCGUAAACAUGGCCUUAAACUGAAACCCUCAAAAUGCCACUUGAUGAAAAAGGAGGUCCAAUACUUGGGGCAUCGGGUGUGUGCAGAAGGUAUCCGCACUGACCCUGAAAAGAUAAGCAAGGUGAAGGACUGGCCACAGCCAACAAACCGUAAGGAGGUCCUUCGUUUCCUGGGGUUUGCGGGGUACUACAGGAGGUUUGUGGAGAGCUAUGCAAAGAUUGCUGCACCCCUCUACCGCCUCACUUCUGGUGACCCCAGAAAGAAAAAAAGGGGGCCCUGUCGUGCCCACAGAGGGUGGCAGAAGAGUCUGAGCCUCUUGUGCCCAGUCAAGAGUCAGAGCCCUACGCUGAUACUGGACCUCAAAGACUGCCUAAAGCAUGCUUACGCUCAAGCCAACAUAAGCUCCAGACAAGCCAAGCUGCAGCAAAAGAAGCAUUAUGACAGCAGGGUCAAGAAAAGUCUUACAUUUGCUCCAGGAGACAGAGUAUUAGUCAAAGUCUGCGCCAUUGAAGGUCGGCAGAAGUUGGGGGACCGAUUUGGAGCUUGGGGGCUGCGCGCCGUCGCCAUUUCCACCGUGCGCCCCGGAGUGAGAGCGGACCAUGGAUCUAUAAUAACAUCGGAGUGGACCGCCUGGAGCAGGAUGCACGGGAGAGACGGAGACCGGGGAGACGCCUGCAGCCUGCGCCUUCCAGCCACACUCUGA